AUUAAUGUGUUGAUAGUAGCCAUGGCUGAUACUACUGACUUUUAUUUAGUGGAAGAAGGAAUCAAGCGGAACAGAGAUUCCAUACGCCUCCAGGAGGAGAUUGGAUUGAUGAUAUGGAAUCGUGCACACGCAGAGCUGAGCUAUUUACAAGAAAUAGAAAGCUGGAAGGACAGAGUGGCGAGUGCAGGCACAGAUAGAGAUGGCAAGAGCGUGUUUGAUUUUGUGAAACCUGCUCUGAUAGGCGAGGCCGAUCGUGCCGCUGAAAUCCACAAGAACAUUUACGACAAGUUGAUGUCAAGCAAAGGCCCCUACCAAAACAUCCUCAAGCAUACCAGGCAGGAACAAGAAAAGAACAGAAGAUCGAAAUUGAAAGACAUCGAAGAAGAGUUUCAGAUCUGCAAUGAACGACGCAAAGAGCUUGAGCAACUGGUUCAGAAACAAAAGCAGUCAUUGGAAAGUCAAACUUUCCGUUUAAGUGAUUUGGAGACGAAGCUUUCCAAAAGAAGCAGAAUUGCGGAUGGCAGACGAUCUGCAAGGGGGAUGCGCAAACUCGACUCCAUUAAUGCGCAAGUUUCUCAUUUGCGGAAACGAAUUGAAACAACCUCUUCAAGUUAUAUGAAUGAUGAAACGGAACUGCAGUCUUUAAUUGGCAAUAAAAAGAAGGUAAUGAAGAAGAUGUUUCAAGACUUGAAGGAACUGGACCAAGAGAGACUGUCGGUGACGAAGGAAGUGAUUCAGCAAUACGUCAAGCAAAUCAGCCCGCCCUAUGAUCUAAUUCGUGAAAGAUCCCGCGAGGUUGCAGAGUCCAUUAAAGCCUUACAAACCGUUGAUCUAAAGGAAGUGCACGAACAAAACUGGAAAAUUGCAGAAGAUCGAGCCAGACUGAAGAAAGCAGGGCUCACCAUGGGGUUUGAUAUGUUCUUGGUCACCAAUCCUUCCCUGCAAACUGAAAACACAAAACUUGCAGACCUAGAAAAUGGGGUCACGAACAGUAAAAGAAAAGCUAGCAAUGAGAAAAAUCCAUGCCGUGAGCAGAAGGAGCCGCCCACCAAAAUUGAGAAUGCCCGAAUCAUGGCAACAUGUCCAUCUACCUCAAACACCAAAGGAAAACACACCAUGAAGGGUCCGUCAAUGCUUGUCACGGAGUUGCCUGAUAACGAUGAUGACAUUGAGACGAUCGAGCUGCCCCCCGACAACCGGCCCCGACUCCCGGCACCUUUCGCCGUCAAGGAGUUCCUUGUCCACCAAGAACCACUAGGAUCAAACCAAACGGAAGACAAGCGAUUCACCGGCAAGCUGGAGCAGGAAGACUCCUUGGAUGAAGACAGCGAUGAAAGUAGCACCGGCGAUGCGAGCGCAGCGAUGCUGAAUGAUGAAAGUGGCAAUGAAGACGAGGGUUUCGAUGACUCAGCCUACUCAGGAAAUCGUGUCAUAGAGUUUGAUCCCCAGACUGUCCGCCUCAAGUACUCUCGCACGAAUACUCUCCCCGAGCCACAUCCCACCUUACCUAACACGGUAGAUGGCGACAUAGGCACCGUGAGGGACAUCCGGGUGAUUGCCAACCAAGACUACAAGGCCCGCAACUGCAACGAACUCACUCUCAAGAAGGGGCAAGUUAUUAAGCAGAAGAUAGGAGAGAAUGAGGAGGGGUUCGCCUAUGGAUGGACGCGAGAAAGCAAGCUGUCCUCAAAGCAAUAUGGCUGGUACCCUAUCAACAUAGUGUCAUACAAGUGACACCCUCAUCCCACAAAUACCAUCCUAAAUGCAGCACAAUCUACCAUAAAUAUUUAUGAAUAAAUAUUUUUAUGAUAUUACAAAUUUACAUAUGAAAAUAUAUAUGAUAUAAUUAUAUUUCAUCUGUAAUAAGAAGAUAUUUUUUGUAAAUUUUUAAAAAAUAUAUCAGAUGAGAUCUGUG